ACUAAUUUUUCAUUUUUUCAAAAGGAUAGAAAAGAAAGCUAAUCUUGAAAAAAGUUAUGAUUAUUAUACCACGAUCUUUAAAUUGACUUUUUAUUCAUCAAUGAUUUUUAUAAUAUUAAACAUAUUCGUCAUUUCCUAAUAUGCUAAGUUAAGAAAUUAUAUGUUUAUUUAUAUAGCAUCCUGAUAUUUAAUAAUAAGAUGGCCAAUACAUACAAAACAACAAGCAAUCCAAAAUUGCAAGAACAGUCUAUGAAAACUGCAAUAAAAUCUCAACUUGUUAUUAAAAUCAAAAAGGAGGAAGAAGAAGAAGAAAUAUGGAUAUCAGAAAAAGAAUUGUACACGGAAGAUAGCAGCGAUGAAGAAAAAUUUAAAACGCAAUCACAAUUGCGUAGUAAAUUCGACGAUAAUCAAUCAUUAUCUUUGGUUAAAUCUAAUAUUGAACAACAAAAUCAUUCAUUUAUUUCAACUGAAAGUAAAAUAAAAUCAGAAAAUUCUAUAUAUACUCCUAAAAAUAAUAUUAAUGAAAAUCAGUUUGCAUUGAAAACUAUUGAAAAAUGUGAUAAAAUAUCAUUUAUAAAUUUGACUCGAUCAUCGUCAAUAGAAUCUUUACAAACCAAUCACUCUACAUCGGAAUCAUCUCUGAAUUCAAUUACAAAGGAUUUUUAUGAUUUUUCAAUUGUGGAAGAUCAAAUAGAAAAAAUGAAAAUUUCAUGGAAAACAAAAAAAGGAAGCAAUUGAAGAAACUUUAACUUAUCAAUGUGAAAAUCGAAAACGGCUAGAAAAAAUUUUAGCAUCAAAUCCAUGUGAAACUGGCAAACUAGCAGAAAAUACACGACAAUUUUUUUAUUUAUGUCCAAAAUACACUACACUAAAUACAGAUAGUAUAUAUCAUAUAUGUAUAUCUAUUAUAUUUAUUUAUAUAAUUAAAAAUCUAACAAAAAUUGAAUUCUAAAAAAUUACAAAAAUAGAUUUUCAUGACACUAACAACUCAUUCGAGACAAGUAAUUCUGAACAACAAUUAUGUGAAAAUGAAGAUAAAAUAAGUCUUUUAAAUCUCGAUAACGAAGAUAAAUGGAAAUUUAUUAAUUCAACUUGUUAUAUUGA